AUGAGAUGGAUAGACAACCGAGAACACCGCGGUGGAAUGAAGACAUAUAUUGGGUGUGUUGUCGCGCGGACCGUCCGUUCUGCGGCGAGAGAUGUAUGGCGUGGUAAAACUGAAAAAGCGUUCAGCGUCAAAAAGUUUCUGGGGGCGAGCUCAGGCGAGUUCUCGAGACCGCUCGACCAGCGCCACAACGGUAGAUCCUCCUUAAGCGCCGAUUAUGACAAGGGGCAGCGCGCCGUUGACGCAAGUGCGGCAUGCACAUGCUCGCGGUCCUCGAGAUGGACCAAGCAGGAUCAGAAGAUUUUCAUCAUUAACGGGCAGGGCUUCACGAUUACGGACACCAGCAUGUCUAUAACCAAAGGGAACAAGGGCGUCGGCUCGGUCCAAGAUGACAGGAACCUAUGA